AUGUCCAUAUUCCUCCAGGUCACUCUGCUUGUGUCGGUAGUUGCGGCUCAACUAACUACUUCCAUAUGGCUGCCCGGGGCUGCGAACGCGAAUCAGAGUUUUGUCGGAUCGGUGGUCACGCAGCUGGGCGAUCGCACCACCCUCUCGGUGGGCUUCGACGGAGAUGCCAUCUUGACUGAAUACUAUGGCACCGGGCCCGGUUAUGUGACGGUCGGCGGUACCACCUACAUGGCUUAUCAGGCAACUGCCACCGACCCUGGCAGUGACUUCUCGGUCACUGUGGAUCUUGCGUGUUCGCGGGAGAACGGAAAAGCGGCUCCAACUUGCACCAUGACUACGCGGAAUUCAGUAUUGGACAGCAGCCUCGACAGUUUUUCUUGUACCACCCUCGGGGAUAGCUCCACGAGCACAUAUGUAGUGACUGACACUCUUCGGUCCAGCAUUAGCGAUGGACUGCCGGUAACCAGAACUAUCGCGGAGACUGUGACUAACGGUUGCACCAAAUACGUCGGUCCCAGCGUGUUACCACAAACUACCACAACGAUGAGUGGCGAUGAGCAGUACUUUAUCAACAACUACAAGCUCAUCAUCACAGCUGGAACAGAGAAGCUCAGUGCCUCGGCGGCCGUGACCCCCAUUGAGAGUGGCGCACAUUCGACAAUAUCAUUAGUGAACUCUACUGCUAGAAGCUCUGGAACUGCUCAGGCUACUGGUGCAGCUGCGCCGAAGCCGUAUAUGGCGCCCGUUUUGGCUGGUUUGGGAACUGCCGUGAUACUUUUUGUCCAACAUGACUUUACUUAUAUCAAGGUUUAA